AGUUUGGUGUUUACAGAGCAGUGUGUGUACAGGGUAGUGAGUCUGGUAUGUACAGGGCAGUGUGUACAGGGUAGUGAGUCUGGUAUGUACAGGGCAGUGUGUACAGGGAGUGAGUCUGGUAUGUACAGGGCAGUGUGUGCAGGGAGUGAGUCUGGUAUGUACAGGGCAGUGUGUGCAGGGAGUGAGUCUGGUAUGUACAGGGCAGUGUGUGCAGGGAGUGAGUCUGGUAUGUACAGGGCAGUGUGUGCAGGGAGUGAGUCUGGUAUGUACAGGGCAGUGUGUGCAGGGAGUGAGUCUGGUAUGUACAGGGCAGUGUGCACUGGGUAGUGAGUCUGGUAUGUACAGGGCAGUGUGUACAGGGAGUGAGUCUGGUAUGUACAGGGCAGUGUGCACUGGGUAGUGAGUCUGGUAUGUACAGGGCAGUGUGUACAGGGAGUGAGUCUGGUAUGUACAGGGCAGUGUGUACAGGGAGUGAGUCUGGUAUGUACAGGGCAGUGUGUACAGGGAGUGAGUCUGGUAUGUACAGGGCAGUGUGUACAGGGAGUGAGUCUGGUAUGUACAGGGCAGUGUGUGCAGGGAGUGAGUCUGGUAUGUACAGGGCAGUGUGUACAGGGAGUGAGUCUGGUAUGUACAGGGCAGUGUGUGCAGGGAGUGAGUCUGGUAUGUACAGGGCAGUGUGUUGGUGAGAGUGCGCUGACGAGGCGGGCGCUAGGACCCCGCGGUACGGCCCCUCCCCCGGCCCCUGUGAGCGGGUGAAACAUGGCGCCGGGCGGAUGGAAAUACUAAUGACAGUCGGGAAACUCGCUUCCAUUUGUACGAUGGGCAUCAAUGCCUCUGCUUUGGAGAAAGAGAUUGGGCCAGAACAGUUUCCAGUCAAUGAACAUUAUUUUGGUCUAGUUAAUUUUGGGAAUACGUGCUACUGUAACUCAGUCCUUCAGGCACUUUACUUUUGCCGUCCAUUUCGGGAGAAGGUUCUGGCCUACAAGAAUCAGCCCAGGAAGAAGGAGAACCUGCUCACAUGCUUGGCAGAUCUCUUUCACAACAUAGCUACACAGAAGAAAAAAGUUGGUGUGAUACCUCCCAAAAAAUUCAUAACAAGAUUACGAAAAGAAAACGAACUUUUUGACAAUUACAUGCAACAAGAUGCUCACGAAUUCCUGAACUACCUGUUAAACACCAUUGCUGAUAUCCUGCACGAAGAGAAAAAGCAGGAAAAACAAAAUGGACAGCUGCAUAAUGGUUCGAUUAAUGAUGACAAUGGCAAUAGCAAUGCCAAUGACAUGCCCGAACCUACCUGGGUCCAUGAGAUGUUUCAGGGAACAUUAACAAAUGAAACCAGAUGUCUUAACUGUGAAACUGUAAGUAGCAAAGAUGAAGACUUUCUAGACCUUUCUGUUGAUGUGGAGCAAAACACUUCAAUUACACAUUGUUUGAGGGGCUUCAGUAACACAGAAACUCUGUGCAGCGAGUGCAAGUACUACUGUGAGGUGUGCUGCAGUAAACAAGAGGCUCAAAAAAGAAUGAAAGUAAAAAAGUUGCCUAUGAUUUUAGCCCUUCAUUUAAAGAGAUUUAAAUACAUGGAUCAACUGCAUCGAUACACAAAAUUAUCCUACAGAGUAGUCUUUCCUUUAGAACUACGGCUAUUCAACACAUCAGGAGAUGCUACCAAUCCAGAGAGAAUGUAUGACCUGGUUGCUGUUGUGGUGCACUGUGGAAGUGGUCCUAACCGAGGACAUUACAUUGCAAUAGUAAAGAGUCACGAUUUCUGGCUGCUAUUUGAUGAUGAUAUAGUCGAGAAAAUAGACGCACAAGCCAUUGAGGAGUUCUAUGGGUUGACAUCUGAUAUCUCGAAGAAUUCUGAGUCCGGUUAUAUCCUCUUCUACCAGUCCAGGGAUUAAAUAGAUACCGAGAGGAGGAAAAUAUUUCUGCCUGGUUCACUUCCCAUUGCUCGCUCUUGCAGAGAGGAAGCACUGAGAUCAUGCAAAGGAACAACUGAAGUUGAGAGAGAGCUUUUCCUCUUUCUUGCAAAAUUUCAGUUACACUAGAGUAACGCUGAUUGUAUUGGCACAGCGAAAAUAUCCAUGUAAACCAAGCAAUCUUACCAGAUGUAGAAUCACAUGGGGAGUAAACUAUAGCACCUCUGUGCAUAAGGGAUGCUUACAAAGUGGGCAGAUAGCUUGGUGUUAUGAUGUCGAUCUCCUAACUCGGAUCGCUGUUAUGACUGAAAGCAAUGCAUGUAUGGAACCAAAGUGAACCAACUGAUGUUGCAUCAGGAUAAUCUUCCCUUGCUUCAUCCUGUUUGAGUUUUUAAGUUAAAUGACUUUUACGUCCAUAAAUUAGGAACUAACUACUGGGUCUAGAUUUCAUUGAUAGUACAAGACAAAAAAUAAUGGCAGUUGCAAUUAACAAAUUUGGGCAAAUAUUUCCAUCAAUAACAAUGAAGAGGAGGACACUUACAGAUGACAUGAGGUCUCUACACCAUAUUUGGACCAUCGUCUAUAAGGUCUUGAGACUUGUAUUUGACCAGAUCUUGUAAAUGCAUCUACUUCCAAUUUGCACAAUAAGGUAAAUAUGUAAUAUUCUUGCAAACUUGGUAUUAACACACUUUUUGGGUUGACUUGGUACUCUAUCCAUCAAUAGUGGAAUAUAGUUCUGGUUGACCACUUGUUUUGCUAGAAAUGUGACUGUUUGCAUGAGGAGCAUUCAAAUGUGAGUAGAUGUUAAUUGCAGGGUCUAAGCCACCAGGAAAUCCGGAGUCUUAUAUGUACGGCAGUGAAGAAACAUUUGUCAGGAUAAGAGAAUGGACUAAAUCUUGUAAAGUUAUUUUUGUUAUCCCAGAGAAACUAUCAGUUGGAGAGGUGUUGUAAGAGAAAUUCCAAGUUUUAUUUUUUUUCUGACUCAUUAUGCAUAUGUUGCAUCACAAAGGCAAAUAGACCAUGUCUGACAUGUCUUACUGGAAUGAAAGACACUUAUCAUUUACCAUAUAGAACUGUGCCCUCGGGAUUUCCCAUUAUAGUCUAUAUACAACAAAUCUCAUUUCUUAAAGAUGCAUUAGUUGCUUUAUAAACAGUUUCAGUUUCAGGAAAUAUUUAGAUAAACAGUAUUAUGUAUAAUAAUGUUAUUCUAAACCUACUUUGUCAUAACACCUUAUAAUUUCUGCUCUAUUGUGCCUGCUUUGCUAAUCUGACCCUGCACACUUCACUAUGGUAAUCUAAGUGUAUCUGAAUAUUUGCCUAAAAAAUCUGGUCUAUAAUUCCCAUGCAUGUAGUUGGCAAUCCACAGUCACAGAUGAAUGUAAAAUCUGAAGCCAAUUUGAAAAAUUCAGAUUUGCUGCAUUUUGCUUAUACAAAUUAAGAAACUUUGCUUAUGGGGUGCCUGUUAACUGACGCUUAUGGCGGUUUCGUAUGUAAGAAUAAAUUCCUACCUCCCCCUGUUGGUUCAAAUCCGACUGCGAGUUCAGUGGAUUUGAUUCAAAUGGAUGCAAAUGCAGUUUGAAUCCUGUUCCACCUCCUGACCUGCAGUGCACAUUAGCUCACGUCUCUGAUUUUAGUUUUGAUGCAGUCUGAUUGUAUGCCCUGGUUUAUGUUGUGGGGUAAAGAUAGGUAAGUUGAAUUAGGUUCAGGUCCACUGAAUCUGCGGGUCCAUUUUGAGUGGUAAUGUAGAUGGUGUAUAGGGUAGUAAACUCCCAUCAGUAUGAGUUCCAGAGUGAUUUGCAUAUACUUUCGAGUGGGUUUCAAGACCAGAGUCACUAUUCUGAAUAAACCAGGUGGAGAAGCAUUUACCACCUCUUUGUUGUGUACAGUACUUCAUAUCAAAACUGUGAAAUCCUGGGAAAGAAUGUCUAUCUGCUGCUAAAACAAACUUUGAUUUAUCAAAGUACAUUCUGUAGCUUUUAGAAUAAUGCUUUCUGACUUGUUGGCUCAGGUAAUGCUGUGGUCUUAACAUUUGGUACCACUUUAAUCCUUAGCUUUUAUCGUUAGGUUUGCUUCUUAAAAAAUAAAGUGGGGAGGACAAGUAUCAUGUUAUUGGGAUAAUUGUCAACCAGUGGGGCUAGAGUUGAGAUUGAUUGCUGCUGCAUAGCCAGUGCCCAGAAUAUUUCUUUCAGAGUAAAUGGUUCUUUAAGUCCCUGUUAAGUUUUUCUGCAAUGCAUUAAUUGAUCACUUGUUUACCCUGCAUUCGAUUACAUAUUGAGGUUCACCAACAGGGAAACCAUUUAUAUUUGGUGGAAUGAUUUUUCUCUUCUAUCCUCUCUCUCCCUUCCCCCAAACUUGAAAUAAUCUGUACUUUAUAGUUGCUGUAGUUUUAAAAACAUAAAAUGAAUGCUUAAAUCUUUUUUAAAAGAAUAAUCAGUGGAUGAGUGAGAUAUCUUAAGAUUUUCCAGCAUUAUGCAUUUGUUCCUGUGUUACGCUCGGUUUUGUAAAAAAAAAUAUUUUUGGGUGUGGGUUUUAGUAAAUAUUAGGAAGUGAUUUGGAUAUUGUGCAGCAGUGAAAUGGUUCAAAAUUUGAUAAUUCUGGAUAUUUUAAUUGCUACAAAAAAUUACAUUUUAGCCAUCAGAAAUCAUAGGGUGAUGGGUGGGGAGGGGGGUGGGGGAAGAAACCAGUAAAUAGUGGAACUGAUUCAUGUCCUUAUGUCAAAAUGUUCUUUAGGACACAACCGACGCAUAUUUUGUAUAUUGGGUCAGAAAUUUCUACAUAAAAAAGUAUGUUCUUUGAUAGCAUAUUGUAUGUAUGUAUAUAUAUAUAUUGAAAAAUUACUCUAAAUUAUAAAUUGUUGCACUUUUGAUACUGAUUUUUAGGUGUAUUUAAGGGGUUACUUGAGGCAGCCUGUUGAUUAAUUAUGUUUUUGUCUUAAAGAAAUAAAAAAAUCAUUUACAGGC